AUGGGAAAAUUGAGUCGUAAAAACUACAUGUUAAUCGAAUGGUAUUUGCCUGGAAUAAUUCACGUUUCCCAUUGUAUUUGUCAUAUUGUACUUGAAUUUAAAUCUCCACAGUUAAAGCUGCAUCUCUUAUCUACUCCACAUACAAUGAACAGAGCAGCAAGAAUACUACAAACCAGAGCCUAUGCAACAGUGCAUCCCAGAAGAACGCCCUCGUUCAGAGAACUAACAAGAGCGCCUGUGUUCAAGACCUUGUUUCUCACGAUUGUGUUUGGAUCCGUGGUUGUAGAAUCCACCAAGAGCCGAAAAGAGAUUGAGGCGUUGAAAACUGCGUACGAGGCCAAAUUCCGCAUCAUAGAGGACGUGACUCGAAAAAUCCGCAACAAGGAGCCUGUGAAUGUGGCUCAGGAACUCAGUAUUGCCAACUCCAUCACCAGAAACAAGUAUAACUCGGUAACGGAUGUUGAGUUGGAUGAACAAUUUGAAGCGUUCCUCAAACUGGUUGAUGAGCCAGAUGACUUGGAGCAGUUGACCGCACAACCGGUUGAGGCCUCGAAGCAGACCGUAAUCGACGAAACCCCAGUAUCAAAUGUAGAGAAGAAGGAUGAGAAGUUGUUCCUAUAG